GCAGCACAGCAUCGGUGGUCGCUUUACGGCAGAGCGUGCUGGUGGAGGUCAGGGGUAUGACGAGAACUCGAGUUCAGUAAUCUAUAACCAAAAGCCGGUGUUUUCACUUGGAAAACCCACGUCGGAUUCAACACGCGCAUAAACAAGACAACUUAUAUUGGUGGCGGUGAAUCCAGCAGCUCGCCGUCGAUUCGUUUGUCUUGGAUUUUGAGUAUUGCGAUAUAGCUAGCGCCUGCUAACGUUAGCCAGAUCGGUUCGGCUAGCAGCUUCAGUGGCUCCCCUCUGGCUCCAGUUUUCGCCCGGUGAUCCCUCGGAUUUUUUUUACAACCAUGGACAACAACUCUCAAGGAUCGGGAGGAGCCAAAGCAGGUCUCGGGGGUCUCUUUGGAGGCGGUGAAUACUCCAACACAGAGCUCGCCGGUGUCCCCUUGACUGGAAUGAGUCCCUUGUCCCCUUACCUCAAUGUCGACCCUCGUUACCUGAUUCAGGACACAGAUGAGUUCAUCCUACCCACAGGCGCCAAUAAAACAAGAGGACGGUUUGAACUGGCUUUCUUUACCAUUGGAGGAUCCUGCAUGACUGGAGCAGCAUUUGGUGCUGUAAAUGGUCUCAGGAUGGGCCUGAAGGAGACUAGUGACAUGGCAUGGUCCAAACCUCGUAAUGUACAGAUUAUCAACAUGGUGACCAGACAGGGUGCUUCAUGGGCCAAUUCUCUGGGCUCUGUUGCCCUGUUAUAUAGUGCUUUUGGUGUGGCGAUAGAGAAGGCUAGAGGAGCAGAAGAUGACAUCAACACAAUGGCUGCUGGCACGCUAACUGGGAUGCUCUUUAAAUCAGGCAGUGGCCUAAAGGGUGUAGCCCGAGGAGGUCUGGCUGGUUUAGCCUUGUCUGGUGCCUACGCUCUCUACAACAACUGGGACCACAUCACCGGCACCUCAUCAUCAUCCAGGCUGUACUGACCUCUCCCACACACAUCUGCUUCCACAUUAGGGCCAAAUACCUCUCCAGGACACAGCCUUUAACCACAGCGGAAUUAGACUCUGGUCAAAUGCAGUGUGCCUUUCAUGGAAGUGUGAGUUGGUCCCAGUUCGCUGGUUCCCCCCAUAGCCACUGUCCUUUCCUGGAGCGUUCUGGGAAUUAAAAGAUGCGUUUGAAAAAGAAGAUGUGAAAAUGCGGACUAAAUUCCACCGGAAAUCCAGAUAUAGACCGUCCUAUAACACCCCUCUCUUCAUUUGUCUAUAUCCUCUGAGGUAUUUCUGUCACUGAUCUCAUCAGUAAUGAGAAGAACCUUUGAGGAUGUUAUAUAGAGGUGUGUCAUUGUUUAUGAGAGACUUGUUAGUCUUCUUUGAUGAUAGUUUUAAAAUCAAUGAACCCAUGACAUUUGGGUUAAAUGAGCCAAUUUUUAAGGUGACAUCUGGUGUGUGUGUGGUUCACUAGAUGAACGGCAGUGGAUUCAUGUUCUGAUUUUGGACUGAGAGACUCUUCUGUCGUAGAAGAGCAAAGAGAUUUUCAACUACGAUCUACAAACAGAACUAACCUGCUGUAUUAAAAACUAUAAUAAAAAAAGGGGAAAAAGA